UGAAUGAGUUUAAUUGGCGUGUGUGAGGGUACUGGUGAAGAUGCUACAUAAAUACAGCUCUUAUCUUUAACAUUUCUUUGCCGAAACAACAAAGGCUGUGGUUAACAUGUUUCAUCACCAGGUGGCAGCAAUUGCUUGACAAACUUGUGUUAAUUGCCCAAAUCAGGACUCCGCGGAGUAUUUUUUGUUGUGUUUUGACAGGGCACUAGUGGCUCCAAUGGCUUUUGGCCGUCGUCUAAACGAUGGCCCUUUGAAGACCUUUUGAAACGAGUCAUUUCAUCCCGCGCAAACAGCCCCUGAGCUGCCAUCUAAUUCUGCUACUUUACAACACCUACGAUGUCAGACCGGAAAUGCCCACUGUUCCCGCUGAGGUACUGAGCGCAGCGGAGGGGCCGGGCCUUGGAGACGCUCCUCAGCUCGCCCUCUGGCCCUUCACAUGCCCUCAUGGUCUAAAUUUAAAACUACCCCAGCCUUAAAAGGUCCUGACGGUGUCUUGUGCAUUCUGCCGAGUGGCAGCAUUAUUUUUGUUCUGUGGACUGCUGUCCUGUCCACUGCCCCUCACCCUGCUGCUUUGCCUGGAUCCGGACUUGCUUUGGCUACUUUUGGAAUAGCACACCCCUUCUCUUAUUUUUUAAUUGUUGUGGACUGGUGGAUUCUUAUUUGUGAGCUGGUAAAUUAAAGGAGAAUCUGACAUUACAAGUUGGCGCAGUGGCCCUCAGGAUGUCAGGAUCAUUACAAGUGACGCAGCAGCUGCAGCAGCAGCAGCAGCAGCAGCAUCACCAUCACCAUCACCAACACCAUCAACUACAUGAGAAGAAGCAGCAGCAGCAUCACUAUGAGAGCAGCUAUUGCAAGAGCACCAAGUCGUCUGUUAGCAAGCAGUCGUUCACGACUUACAAGACCUCCAGCCAUCGCCUGAAGACCUCUGUGAAGACAGAGAAGGGGCAGGAGGUGGUUAAACUGAGCCCGCUACCCAAGAGAGCCAAACGCACCUACCUGGCGAUGGACACAGACAAAGAAGUUAUCGGCUAUGUUAUUCCUGUAUUUAGAGCCAAUCAUGACGUGGUUCGGGGUCUGAUGGAGGCCCAGGAAGAGGUUACGGAAGAGGGGAUUAACUAUGUGGCAAUGAGGAACCUAUUUGUCAGGGAGGCCAGGGAGGCUCUGGAUAUAAAAGUGGAGAAGAAAACCAGGACAAAGCAUGUCCGGGAAUCCGCCGAACAUCUGGAAGUGAGCAAGACGAUGGAGGAGUGGGCAGAGUUUCGUAGGAAAAUGAACACAGACAGCCUGACACACCCUCCAGAGUUUAUCAUUAAGCCCCGUGGACAGACUGUCUGGGAAGGCAAGACUGUCAAGCUGCACUGCACUUUGGCCGGGUGGCCCAAACCCAGGGUUGCUUGGUACAAAAACAAUGUGCUAAUUGAUGCCAAGGCCCACCCUGAGAAGUACACAGCCGAGAGCAAUUACAACAUGCACUCCCUGGAGAUCAAGAACUGCGAUUUCCUCGACACCGCUCUGUAUCACAUUUCUGCCCUCAAUGUGAAAGGAGAAGUUUCCUCUAUGGCUACCAUUGUUGUCAAAAGGUUCCAGGAGGGUGAGGAAGCAGGCCCACUUGAUCCUAAACCACAUGGUUUCUGCCUGGAGCAUGGUGUUACCUUUGAGACCACCAUCAUUGACAAAUUCGAAGUGGCCUUUGGCCGCGAGGGCGAGACAUUGAGUCUGGGCUGCACUGUCAUCGUUUAUCCAACUGUGAAGAAAUACCAGCCUGAGGUCGUGUGGUACAGAAACUCUGUGCCCUUGAAGCCCUCUAAAUGGGUACACACCCACUGGUCUGGGGAACGUGCCACACUCACGCUUGUCCACCUCAACAAGGAAGAUGAGGGCAUGUACACCCUGCGUGUCAACACCAAAUCUGGCUUUGAAACAUACUCUUCUUUUGUGUUCGUCAGAGAUGCCGAUGUGGAGGUGGAGGGGGUUCCGGUGGCCCCCUUGGAUGUGCGCUGUCAUGAUGCCAACAAGGACUAUGUGGUGGUGACCUGGAAGCAGCCAGCGGUGGAGGGCAGCAGCCACAUCCUGGGAUACUACGUCGACAGGUGUGAGGUGGGCACCCAACACUGGGCUCAGUGUAACGAUACCCCAGUGAAGUACGCCCGCUUCCCUGUCACAGGGCUGGUGGAGGGCCGUUCUUACAUCUUUAGGGUACAGGCCUUGAACCAUGCAGGAGUCAGCCGUCCGUCCCGCGUCUCCGAGGCCGUGGUCGCCAUGGAUCCCUCCGACAGAGCUCGCCUCAGAGCUGGCCCCUCAGCUCCUUGGACCGGGAUGAUCAAGUUUACAGAGGAGGACUCCGCUGUGGGCGUUAUCCCGGGAGAACCCUCCGAUGUUGUGGUUACUGAGGCAACCAAGAGCUACGUGGUGCUCGCCUGGAAGCCCCCGGUCCAGAGAGGUCAUGAAGGAGUUAUGUAUUAUAUUGAGAAGUGUAUUUCAGGGACAGACACCUGGCAGAGGGUGAACACUAGCAUGCCAGUCAAAUCUCCCCGCUUUGCCCUGUUUGACCUGGCAGAGGGUAAAUCCUACAGCUUCCGUGUGCGCUGCUGCAACUCCGCGGGCGUGGGCGAGCCCUCUGCAUCCACAGGAGAAAUCACUGUCGGAGAUAAACUGGACCUUCCCUCUGCUCCGGGCAAUCCAGUGGCCACCAGGAACACGGACACCUCAGUGGUGGUCUCCUGGGGGGCCUCAAAGGAUGUCAGACACCUGGUUGGCUACUAUAUUGAAUGUAGUGUGGUGGGCACUGAUGUCUGGAUGCCUUGCAACAAUAAACCUGUCAAGCAGACAAGGUUUACGUGCUAUGGCCUGUCCACCGGCGCAAACUAUGUGUUCAGGGUGAAGGCAGUUAACGCUGCUGGAUACAGCCAGAGCUCCCCCAAUUCCGAUGCAGUGGUUGUAAAGGCUGCCAUCUCCGUUCCUGGGAAGCCCACUGGUGUGACCUUGCUGGAGGCCGUCAAAGACUACAUGGUGCUGGGCUGGACCAAGCCUGCUAACGAUGGAGGUGCUGAUAUCAGGGGAUACUUUGUGGACUACAGGACUGUGAAGGGAAACGUCGUUGGGAAAUGGCAUGAAAUGAACGUCCAGGCAUUGACUACAACCUCCUAUAAGGCUGAGAACCUGAAGGAGAACGUCUUCUACCAGUUCCAGGUGCGCGCAAUGAACAUGGCAGGUGUGAGCAAAGCUUCCCUGCCCAGUGCAUCUCUGGAGUGCAAGGAAUGGACCAUUACUGUUCCAGGUGUACCUGUUGGUCUUCAUGUGCUGGAGGUUCGUGACACCUCUGUCGUGGUCCUGUGGGAGCCACCUGCAUUUGAUGGCCGCACUCCUGUCAAUGGAUACUAUUUGGAUGUCAAGGAGGCCUCUGCUGGAGAGAAGGGCUGGAAGGCUGUCCAUGAGAAGGCCAACAAGAUGAAAUACUUGAAGGUGACUGGGCUGAAGGCUGGUACAUCCUACGUCUUCCGUGUGCGUGCUCAAAAUCUUGCUGGAGUUGGAAAGCCUUCCGCAGUCUUAGGUCCAAUCCUGGCCCACACUCGCCCUAGCACCAAAGAGAUUUAUGUGGACGUUGAUGACGAUGGCGUCAUCUCUAUGAUCUUCGAAUGCUCUGAGAUGAAUGAAGGCUCCGAGUUUGUUUGGUCCAAGAAUUACCAGGCCAUAACAGACACCUCACGUCUGACUAUUGUCACUGAACAGGGCAAGUCCAGAGCUAUCUUCAACAGUCCCUCCCUGGAGGAUCUGGGCACCUUCUCCUGUGUGGUCACCAACACUGAAGGCAUCUCCUCCAGCUACACACUCACCGAGGAGGGUCUCAUGCGUCUCCUGGACAUCAGCCAUGAACACAAGUUCCCUGUUAUUCCCUUCAAGAAUGAAAUGGCCAUGGAGUUGCUCGAGAAGGGUCGGGUGCGAUUCUGGACUCAGGUGGAGAAAUGCACUUCUGCCUGCCAAGUGGAGUAUGUCUUUAACGACGUCAUCGUUACUCAGGGAAAGAAAUACACAAUGAACUUCGACAAGUCCACCGGCAUCAUUGAAAUGUUCAUGGACUCUCUGGAGGUCACAGAUGAGGGAACGUUCACCUUUAACUUGGUGGAUGGAAAAGCUAAGGGUACAACCAGUCUGGUGCUCAUUGGAGAUGAAUUCAGGGAGCUUCAAAAGAAAUCAGAAUUUGAGAGGGCAGAAUGGAUCAGGAAACAAGGUCCUCACUUUGUCGAGUACCUUGACUUCACUGUUACUCCAGAAUGUGAUGUGCUGUUGAAAUGCAAGAUAGGAAAUAUCAAACCUGAGACUGAGAUCACCUGGUCUAAGGACAACAUUGAGAUUGCGGAGGAUGAUGAAGAUGCUAAGAAAAUCGAGAGAAAGGAGGGCAAACUGACCUUUAAUAUUGGAAAGUGGGUAAUUAAGCAAGAGAAACAGAACGAAAAAGAAGAAAAAACUCCACCUGCAGACGAUGUUCCCCCACCGCCAAGACCCAAAAUCUCCAAGAAGGAUGAAGGUAUCUACAAGGUCAUACUGAUGGACGACAGAGGCAAAGAUGAGAGCACCUUCAAUCUCACAGAAGCAGGAUACCAAGCUAUAAUGAAUGAGCUGUUCAGGGUUAUUGCCCACUCCUCUAGUGAAAUUAAAGUCCUCAGUACUGAGCAUGGCAUCGUCCUCUACUCCAUGGUUACGUAUUAUGACAAAGACCUGCGUGUUGGUUGGCUCCACAAAGAUGCUAAGAUCGCCGCCUCAGAGAGAGUUAAGUCUGGAGUCACAGGAGAGCAGCUCUGGCUUAAGAUCAAUGAGCCCACUGAGAAGGACAAAGGCAAAUACACCAUGGAUAUCUUUGAUGGCAAUGAUGGUUUAAAAAGAGUCUUUGAGCUGACUGGCCAGGCAUGGGAAGAGGCAUUUGAUGAGUUCCAAAGGCUCAAGGCGGCAGCGAUUGCAGAGAGAAAUCGUGCUCGUGUUGUUGGAGGCUUACCAGAUGUGGUUGCAAUCCAAGAGGGCAAGUCCCUGAACCUGACUGGCAAUGUGUGGGGUGAGCCUGUACCUGAGGUGUCCUGGACAAAGAACGAAAAGGAGCUGAUAUCUGAUGGCCACUACCAACUCAAGUUCGAGCAUGGGAAGUUUGCCAGCAUCACAAUUGCCGCCGUCAGCACGGCUGACUCUGGCAAAUACGCCCUCCUGGUCAAGAACAAGUACGGCACAGAAGCUGGCGAGUUCACCGUCAGCGUCUACAACCCGGAAGAUGAGGAGAACAAGGAGGAGAAGAAAGACUAAAGGAUGAUCCAGGGUGAUGAAAUAAAGUAGAAAAGGUUAACGACUGGGCUAUCUCCAAAGCGUUUUACCCCAUCACAUGCCGGUGCGCCAAAGCGGUUUAAAUAAAUCAUGAAUUCGCCUGCUUCCUCCUGCAUCUUUCAUGUGCUGGGCUAAAGAACUUUGGGCACAGCUUGUCAAAGAAGCAAAAUUGAAUGUGAUACAAAGAGAAUGAUUUCUGUACUUGUAGUUGCUUGGCAUAUCUUCUGUCACUUCUAGCCACUAUCAGUUAAUGUAAUGUAUGGGAAAUGGUUGACCUGUCAUUAAUCUUUGGUUUGAAAACAGUAUGAAGGGCAGUGGAAGCAAAGCACUGCUUUUUUAGAAUAUUACAGUAUAACAUUUGGGUAACCUUUGACCCCUCAAACAAUGUCACGCUGAGGUUUAUGUACUGUAAAAAAUAAAGGAUAAUAGGGAUGCGAUGAA